UCCAACAUGAACAUCUAACAAUACCUUUCCACCUUCUGUACAAUGGUUCCAUUAUUCAUGCCACAGAGUUACUGAUAUCAAGAUUAAUACACCAUCUAAACAUCCUUCUACAAUGGUUCCAUUAUUCAUACCACAGAGUUACUGAUAUCAAGAUUAAUACACCAUCUAAACAUCAGAGUAUGCACCCUUCAAAUGAGAUGCGCAACGAAACACCGACAUCCAGAGCGAGAAAGCGAAGGAGACUAACUGCAGGUAACAGAACUUUACCCACAGAUGAUGAAGACAAAGAAAAUUUCAACCCAUCACACAUAAAUCCUCAAUCAAUAACGCCUGUUUCAUUCAACUUUGCACCCCUUCAGUGUCCUCCGGCAACGAGUUCAACAAAUCCCCUCCAUAGUACAUCAUUUGAACGACGCGACAACCUAAGAAGAACUUUGAAGAGAGCAAGAACUACUUAUCAACAUGGAUUUAAUCUUAAUGACAUGUUCCUUCCCACGCAACCUUCUUCAAAUCAAUGUCCUAAUGUCGUCGACAAAGGAAAUGAAGCGUUAUCACACACAAUGGUCGAUCCAAAUACUCCUGUUUUAGACAAUAUUCCAUCCAUUCCAUGUGCUCUGGGAAGUUCAUCAACUUUACCACUUCAUACUCGCUCCUCUGAACGUCAUCACAACCUAAGAAAUACUUUAAAAAGAGCACGAUGUACUACUCAACGUGGAGUUAACCUUAUCAGCAAGUUUGACUCCGCACAACCUUCUCAAAACGAGAGUCCAAAUAUACUGCUGUUACAGAACCAUUAUUCACCACCUUCGUUAACUACAAACAUGACAACAACAUGUCCUCCCAGCUCAAUCCGGCCCGCUGAUUCAGCCGAUGACAAUUCCAGCAAUUCAGAUUCCGACAACUCUGAUGAAAACGACUCUGACUUGGAGGAUUAUCAAAUACCUGUUGCUUUAGGAAAUCCAAAUGACCAGCAAUUUUUAGAUAUUGGUGACCCGGUUUGGGAAUGCCAACACUGUCAUGCGUUGAUGUGGUAUCAAGAACGUAAAGAUAAGUCGAGACAUACAACUCUCCCAAAGUUUCCAAUAUGUUGCAGGGGAGGGAAAAUUGUCCUUGAUUUGCUACAAACACCACCACCUAUAUUAAAUAGGCUUUUGUUUCAGCAUAGUCAUCCCGACGCCAAGAACUUUCAACAAAGCAUUCGAACAUACAACGCCAUGUUUUCAUUCACAUCACCUGGUAUGAAGUUUGACACUACACCUUCCAAUGGGGCAGGUCCUCCUACAUUACGAUUACAUGGUCAGACAUGCCACCGAAUCGGUAGUUUGUUACCGAAAGAAGGAAAUACGGCAAAGUAUGCUCAGUUAUAUAUCUUUGACACCGACAAUGAGGUCGAUAACAGAAUAAAGUGUUUCAAGGAGAAUACAAAAAUAGAUAGGAACAUAGUCACACAAAUAAAGUUGAUGUUGGAUGAGUACAACCCUCAUGCUAAAGCUUUCAGGAUGGCAAGGGACAUGAUGAAACAAACUGGUUUCCAAGAAUUGAAACUAAGGCUUAUUGCUGAUAGAUCCGAGGAUGGACGUGUUUAUAACCGCCCUACCGUGUCUGAGGUUGCUGCUCUAAUCGUUGGGGAUAUAGAUUCGGCAUCUAAGAGAGACAUCAUAGUUCAACAUCGUGAUGGGAAAUUACAGAGAAUUGAUGAGUUUCAUAAAAGUUACCUCGCGUACCAGUACCCUUUGAUAUUCCCUUAUGGUGAAGAUGGUUAUAGGCCAAACAUACUCCACAAGUAUAAACAUGAACAGGUUGUUACCAGGAAAAAUCGUCAAACAGUCAAACAAUGGUUGUGUUUUCGGUUACAAGAACGGACAGGCGAGGCUAAAACCUUGCUGCACUCAAGAAGACUCUUUCAGCAAUUUUUAGUGGACUGCUACACAAUGAUGGAGGCCGAACGUCUUACUUGGUUGAGGAAAAACCAAUCCAAACUACGAGUCGGUAAAUACCAGAAGCUGAAUGAUCAAUCACAGCAACAAAAUAGUAACCAAAGCCACAAACGUGGCAGACGUGUUGUCUUGCCUUCAUCAUUCGUUGGUUCUAAACGAUUCAUGGAUCAGCUCUAUUUUGAUGGAAUGGCUAUUUCAAGUGCACUUGGGUUUCCCGAUUUAUUCAUAACUUUUACGUGCAAUCCAAAUUGGCCGGAAAUUACACGAUUACUUAGCAAAAGUAAUCUGAAGCCACAUGAUCGACCCGAUAUUGUUUCUAAGGUGUUUAAGAUAAAGUUUGACGAACUUAUGGCUGAUUUGACAAAACGACAUGUUCUCGGCAAGGUGUUAGCAUUCAUCUACACAAUUGAAUUUCAAAAAAGAGGGCUUCCACAUGCUCACAUUCUUCUAUUCCUCCAUCCACAAAGUAAGUACCCGACACCGUCCGACAUAGACAACAUAAUUUCUGCAGAAAUUCCAGACCCUGAGCUUCAUCCAAGGUUGUAUAACAUGGUUAAAUCACACAUGAUGCACGGUCCUUGUGGUCUUGCACGCCUUGAUUCUACUUGCAUGAAAAAUAGAAAAUGCUCGAAGUUUUUCCCCAAGAAAUACAACGAAGAAACCAUUGUAGAUCACGAUGGUUAUCCACUGUACAAGAGGAGUUCAAAGUCCCACCACAUUGUUAAAAAUGGUAUUCAAUUGGACAAUAGAUUUGUGGUUCCAUAUAACACGCGCUUGCUUCUAAAAUAUCAAGCUCACAUCAAUAUGGAAUGGUGUAACCAAAGCACUUCUAUCAAAUACCUGUUCAAGUAUAUCAACAAAGGAUAUGAUCGAAUAACGGCAUCCGUCGUUCCCUCCAAACGCCCAUCUUCUAAUGACCCUGAUAUGGUUGACGAAAUCAAAGAGUACCUUGAUUGUAGGUAUGUCUCACCCAGCGAGGCAUGCUGGAGGAUCUUUUCCUACAAAAUACAUGGAAGAAAGCCAGCUGUCGAGCGCAUGUUUUACCAUCUCAUUGGUGAGAAGGCUGUUUACUAUACCGAUCAUGAAAGAAUGGAGAACGUACUAGAGAAAGCAAGUGUAACAGAAUCUAUGUUCAGUUCAUGGUUUAUUGCUAAUGGACAAUAUGAAGAAGCCGCUCAAUUAACAUAUGGACAGUUUGUUUCAAAAUUUGUCUACGAUAAGAAAAAGAGAGUAUGGAAACCCCGUAAAAAGGGAUUUACCAUUGGCCGCCUCAUUUGGGUUCCACCGACUACAGGAGAAUUAUAUUAUCUUAGGAUGAUGCUCACUAUUGUGAAAGGACCGAAAACUUAUGAAGAUAUCCGAAAGGUUGGUGAUACACAACAUCAUUCUUUUCGGGAAGCAUGCUUUGCAAUGGGUUUCCUUACUGAUGAUAGGGAAUAUAUCAGUGCAAUUAUAGAAGCAAGUGUAUGGGGUUCUGGAAAUUUUCUUCGGAAAUUAUUCGUCAUUAUGCUGUUGUCGGGUGCAGUAAGUAGACCUGCACAUGUAUGGAAUGAAACAUGGAGAUGCCUCUCAGACGGUGUUUUACACCAACAACGCAUUUUAUCAAAUAAUCCAGAUCUGGAACUGAGUGAAGAUGAUGUUAAAAAUCUAACUCUAACAGAAAUUGAAAUUUUACUCCAAGCUAAUAGGAGAACACUUCAUGACUACAAGCCAAUUCCAUAUCCGAACGGUUAUGUUCUCGAACAGCUAGGGAACAGGCUUAUCUAUGAAGAGAGGAUGUACAAUGUUGCCGUUAUGAAGUCCGAAUUCGAAGAACUUUAUAGAGCUCUAACAGAUGAACAACGUCAUAUCUAUGACGAAAUCACAACAGCGGUGGAGAAUCAAAGUGGAGGAGUCUUUUUCUUGCAUGGCUACGGGGGCACCGGAAAGACUUACAUGUGGAAAACGCUUGCAACGUCUUUGAGAUCAAAACAUGAAAUUGUAUUAACGGUUGCUUCGAGCGGAAUAGCGUCUUUAUUGUUACCUGGAGGUAGAACUGCACAUUCUAAGUUCAAACUUCCUGUACCAACUUUGGAAAAUUCUACUUGCGGGAUUGACUAUGAUGAUGAUUACGGCGAACUACUGCGGCAAAGUAAGUUGAUUAUUUGGGAUGAAGCCCCGAUGACAAGUAAAUUUUGUUUUGAAGCCUUGGAUAAGACUUUGAGGGAUGUAAUGAGUACAUAUGGUAAUUCUACAAAGGUAUUUGGUGGUAAGGUUGUCGUCUUUGGCGGAGAUUUCAGACAAAUCUUACCUGUUAUUCCUAGAGGGAGUCGAUCGGAUAUUGUUCACUCUGCGAUCAAUGCAUCUUACAUUUGGAAUUCAGUGAAGGUCUUGACUUUAACUAAAAAUAUGCGAUUGCAAGGAGGUCAAACUGAACAAGAGAAGCAAGAUAUUGCUGAUUUUUCCAAAUGGCUUCUAAAACUAGGUGAGGGAAGGAUCGCUGAGCCAAAUGAUGGAUAUGCUGACAUUGAAAUUCCAAGGGACAUUUUAAUUGAAGACUUCCAUGACCCUAUUGUUGCCAUUGUGAAUAGUACUUAUCCUUCUUUCUUGGAUAAUUACCAAUCAUACGACUACCUCAAAAGUCGAGCUAUUUUAGCAUCAACCAUUGAAGUUGUUGAUCAAAUAAAUACUCACAUCCUUAACUUGAUGCCAGGUGAAUCAAAGGAAUAUUAUAGUUCUAACUCAGUUGAUAGGUCAGAAAUUCAUGACAAUAGCAUCCUUGAGGUUCUAAGUCCCGAAUUUCUCAGCUCUUUGCGAACUUCUGGAUUGCCAAACCAUCACAUCACAUUAAAGGUUGGAUGCCCAAUUAUGCUUAUGCGGAACAUCGAUCAAUCCGAAGGUUUGUGCAAUGGUACUAGGUUAAUUGUAACUAAAAUGGCAAGUCACGUAUUGGAAGCUCAAAUAAUGGGGGGAAAAGGACAUGGAAAAGUUACCUACAUCCCAAGGAUGGAUAUGUCACCAUCACAAUCACCUUGGCCUUUCAAGUUGAGUAGGAGACAAUUCCCAAUCAUUGUGUCUUAUGCAAUGACCAUCAACAAAUCUCAAGGACAAUCGUUGGAUUGGGUUGGAUUAUAUAUUCCUAAAGAUGUAUUUAGUCAUGGGCAAUUAUAUGUGGCUUUAUCAAGGGUGACAAGUAAGAAAGGAAUAAAGAUUUUGAUUCACGACGACGACAACAAGCCAAAGUCUUCUACCGCCAACGUCGUAUACAAAGAGGUCUUUGCCAAUAUCUAA